AUGUUAAGAUCCACUAUUAGAAAUUGGAGAGAAUAUUUGACACCAGUUUCACAUAAGUCGACUUUUUUAAAUACUGGGGAGAUUACCCCAGAAGAAUUUAUACAGGCUGGUGACUAUUUAUGCCAUAUGUUUCCAAUUUGGAGUUGGAACGAGGCCACUAAAGAUAUUAGUAAUAGAAGUUUUCUGCCUGAAGAUAAACAAUUUCUAGUUGUAAGGAAAGUUCCAAGCUCUCAAAGAGCACAGACUUUUACUAGCUUCAAGGACGAUGAUAAAGUUGCUGACAAGUCGCAUAUCUACUAUGAAGAAGGACUAUCAAACAAAGAGGGAGAAGAAGGAGAAGAAGAAGAAGGUUGGUUAGUCAGUGAUGAAGUUAAUAAUGUUGUUAAUGUGACAAGACAUAGUCUUGAAGAUAAGAAAGAUCAAAACAGUAGACCUACGGCGUCUAAUGAUAUCGAUGCUAUGAUGGAGAGUAUGGGUUUAGAGGAUUUAACGGACGAUGACGAUUUAAUAGAUAACGGCAUGGAUAGGACGAACAUGAGGUAUUAUGAUUUAUAUAUAACCUAUUCUUCCUCAUACAAAGUACCGAAAAUGUAUUUAGUAGGUUUUAGUAGUAAUGGGUCUCCUUUAAUUGCGAAUGAGAUGUUUGAAGAUAUCACACCUGACUAUAGAGCUAAAACAGCCACUAUUGAAAAAUUACCAUUUUAUAAAAACUCAAUCGCUUCUGUUUCUAUCCAUCCCUGUAAGCAUGCUAAUGUGAUGAGAGUUCUACUUGAGAAGGUCGCAUCUGUAAAGCAAAAGAAAGCAGAAGAGGAUGCUAAGGUAGAGAAAAAACAUGAUUGUGGUGGUGAAUCAGAAUCUAACCAAGAUGACUGGGAAGAUGUACAAAUUGACAUGAGCAACACUAUUAGGGUUGAUAUGUAUUUAGUGGUUUUCUUAAAGUUUAUAACAAGCGUAACUCCAGGUAUAGAACAUGACUAUACCAUGGAGGGUUGGUAG